AUUUUCUUUAAGAGACACGAGGAUUAGCAGAAGAUGUCAGCUCCGGGUUGAUGGACCUCAUUACUGUCGAGGAUGAUAGAGAUGGACCAGAAGGGUCGGCAGACACCAUCAUUGAUCACAACUCAUCUUCCGGCCCUAAUGUGGUAAGAAGUGUGUGCAGCAAGAGUAUGUUAUUCUUGACAGAGCCGGGUAACAUGGAGCUGGACCUGGGCUCGGUGAUGGAGGUACUGAGGAACCAGCUGCGCAACACUCCCGUGCCUUGUAAGACCGCCGUCCUCAAGUGGAUUUACCACCUUCACAACAAAAUUCCCAAUAAGAUGUGCCGUUACCUAGAGGAGUUAUUCCAUGCACUGCUGAAGACCCUCUCGGACCCUGCUGACGAGGUUGUGCUACUGGUAAUUCAGGUUCUGGCUCAGAUUGCUUCUCCCACCAACCAUCAUAGCUCUGCAUCUACACAAGUGUUAGAGGGUGAUGAGAAAAUCCAUGCUGAUGAGUACUUCACGAGGUUUCUACAAAACCUUCUCCACCUGUUUGCUACGGAGAGGAACCUUUUAGAGGACCGAGGACCGUUUAUUAUCAGGCAACUUUGUGUGAUGCUGAAUGCAGAAGACAUCUAUCAGACACUGGCUGAGCUAUUACAGAAGGAAGAGAACCUCACGUUCGCAUCGGAAAUGGUGCAGACAUUGUCUUCAAUUCUUCUCACCUCGAAGGAACUCUUCUCGCUCAGAUUACAACUGAAGGAACUCUCAUCUCCGGAAAGCUGCGAGUUGUUUGUUAACUUGUAUCGUUCCUGGAGCCAUAACUCUGUGGCAACCCUCACCAUCUGCCUCCUCACACAGAAUUACUCACACGCUGCAGCGCUUGUUCAUGCCUUCGGUGAUAUUGAAGUGACGACGGACUUCUUAGUGGAGGUGGACAAGCUGGUCCAGUUAAUAGAGUCUCCAAUAUUUACUUAUCUUCGCUUACAACUGCUGGAUCCAGUGGGUCACUCAGCACUGGUCGAGACACUAUAUGGACUCCUUAUGUUGCUGCCUCAGAGUGAUGCCUUCACACUGCUGAGGUGCCGGCUAAACUGUGUCCCUCCAGCUCAUCUCCUCGCGUAUGUACUAAUCUCAGUAACCACUACCUCAGCUCUGUUCUUCAGCUCAUCCCCUCAUGUGUGUACUGUUCUCAGAUAGUUAAUAAAUCUUUCC